AUGGUGCCCACCCUCAAGUGUAAGGAACUGCGUUCCGCCCCUCAGGCCCCCAUGGGGGCAGGGAUCGGCUUGGAAAUCAACGUGGUUGUCCCCGCCAGGCCGGGGAAGGUUGGAGCAGCCCCCAGGGAGGGGGCACUAGGUGUCAUUGUGCCCGAUGUCUGGCUCCCCUGCGGGAGGGAGGCUCCAGGUGCCCGUCCGUCCUGCCUCCAUGGACCCGCACGGGAACGGCCACCGCUGAGGACCCCACGCACACUAGGAUCCCGGCUGGGUCGCACCCGGCUACCGCACCCUGACCCCCGCCGGCUGUGCGGGCUCCCCGCGCCUCUGCCCGCAGCGCUCGCCGUCGGGCUAGUGCUCCGCUGCCGCCACGCCUCGCGCCCCGCACUCACCACCCCAUGCUGGUGCACACCUACUCUGCCAUGUCAGGAGCGCCCCGACGCGCUGGGCGCAGCGGCCGGCGGGGCCCGCCUGUCGUCUCUGCCCCAGGCGGCCUACGGGCCGGCGCCCCCGCUCUGCCACACGCCAGCCGCCGCAGCUGCCGCCGACUUCCAGCCGCCCUACUUCCCGCCGCCCUACCCGCAGCCACCGCUGCCCUACAGUCAGGCGCCCGACGCCGCCGCAGCCUUUCCCCACCUGGCAGGGGACCCGUAUGGCGGCCUGGCGCCCCUGGCGCAGCCGCAGCCUCCUCAGGCCGCUUGGGCAGCGCCCCGCGCAGCCGCCCGCGCCCACGAGGAGCCACCCGGCUUGCUGGCACCGCCCGCCCGCGCCCUGGGCCUUGACCCGCGCCGUGACUACGCCGCCGCUGUGCCCCGGCUCCUGCACAGCCUGGCCGACGGCACGCACGGCCUGGCAGACGCACCGCUCGGCCUUCCGGGGCUGGCGGCGGCCCCCGGUCUGGAGGACCUGCAGGCGACGGAUGAGCUGGGAAUGAGCCUUCUAGACCAGUCCGUGAUCAAGAAAGUGCCCAUCCCCUCCAAAGCUAGCAGCCUCUCAGCCCUCUCCUUGGCCAAAGACAGCCUGGUGGGCGGCAUCACGAAUCCUGGUGAGGUCUUCUGCUCUGUGCCCGGCCGGCUUUCACUGCUCAGCUCAACGUCCAAGUACAAGGUGACGGUGGGGGAGGUGCAGCGGCGACUCUCGCCUCCUGAGUGCCUCAACGCCUCCCUCCUGGGGGGUGUCCUCCGCAGGGCCAAGUCCAAAAAUGGGGGCCGGUGUUUGCGGGAACGGUUAGAGAAGAUUGGACUCAACCUGCCAGCUGGCCGUCGCAAGGCUGCCAACGUGACGCUGCUGACUUCGCUAGUGGAAGGAGAGGCCGUGCACCUGGCCCGAGACUUCGGUUACGUCUGUGAGACGGAGUUCCCAGCUAAGGCAGCCGCCGAGUACCUGUGCCGACAGCAUGCUGACCCCGGGGAGCUGCACAGCCGCAAGAGCAUGCUGCUGGCCGCCAAGCAGAUCUGCAAGGAGUUUGCAGACUUGAUGGCUCAGGACCGCUCCCCGCUGGGCAACAGCCGCCCGGCACUCAUCCUGGAGCCCGGAGUGCAGAGCUGCUUGACACACUUUAGCCUCAUCACCCAUGGCUUCGGUGGGCCUGCCAUCUGUGCUGCCCUCACUGCCUUCCAGAACUACUUGUUGGAGUCACUCAAGGGGCUGGACAAGAUGUUUCUAAGCAGUGUGGGCAGUGGGCACGGUGAAACCAAGGCUUCGGAGAAAGAUGCCAAGCAUCGGAAAUAACUGCUUCUCCCACCCCAUCCCUAAGGGGCUCCCAGGCCCUGGAACAGGCACUUAGCUCCUGGGGGUGGGCCUGAAAGGACUGAAAGGUGGGAUUAGAGUCAGGCCAGAAAGAGAACAUUCAUCCAGAGAUCCCAGAGUUGGGGAUCUGGCUAGGAGUAAGGGAGGGUGGCCUCUCUGUGGUGGUGUGUUGCUAAGUUAAGGGCCCAGGUAUUUGUCUCAUGUGUGCAAUUUUCUGACCUUUGAUGGUUGAGAAGGGUUUGAACAGAAAAUUGACAUGAAAAGGUCUGGCUCAUGGGGCAGAGCCCUUUCCAUUAGGGUGCCUGGGUGGCCGUGGAUGCUUCUAGAGGCCAAAGCCUUUGUGUUUUUCACUGGUGGCAGGAGGGAAAUUGAUAAAUCAGAGGUGCUACUGAGGAGUUGGUGCCCCUCAUUCCAGAGUCUCCUACCCCCAGAAAAGGGGUGCUGGAAGGAGGAGGCCCCAGUGGACUCUUUGUACCCCUCCUACUCUUGGAAAGAAGUGGGCAGGAGGGGUCCUCAAGGAACAAAGAAGAUAAAGCACAAAUUGCAGAACUUGAAUCCAGGCUGCUCAUCACAGUCCUGUUGCUGUCUGUCCUAUUUAUUUAUGUAUGUUGUAAUUAAAUUUGAAAUUUUAAAA